UGCCAGUAAUGGCGUUGAUUUUGUUAUCAACGACUCUCCGGUCGACAGAAGCAGUUGACCAGCCAGCCGGUCUGCUCACAGGGCUAAGAGUGAUCUACAACUCAUACAGGCAUUGUGAAGACCAGGACGACACUAUGCUCUGUCUCAAAUGGAAAGCUCUAAAGCUAGUUGAUCGAGCCCUACAUUCCGAAGAUAUACCUCUGAUUGAAGGAGUGUCGUUGGUGAAGAGAUCGGGCGAGGAGCGUUCGCUGUCCGAUAACACGGUGGAAUCAGAGCCUCUGCCAGUGGAGGCGCAGGCCAGAGAGAAGCGCAUCGACUCGCUGCUCUGGGAAAAAGCGGCUGCCUUCAUCCAGACACACUCGCUGCAGCUGCAUGUGCCCCGCCUUAUCGCCACAUCUAGGCAGAUGCUUGAGGACACCUUCGAUGACUCCACUGACCAAGAAGGACGAGGCAAGAAGAAGAAGUACAUGGGCCCGCUGCUGCUGGGUUUGAUGAUGAAGGGAGGUCUUCUGGCGAUGGGCAUCAAGGGUCUAGCCCUGUUGGCGGGUAAGGCGCUGAUCGUGAGCAAACUGGCGCUGGUGUUGGCCGGCAUUGUGGCGCUGAAGAAGCUGUUCAGCGGGGGCGGCGGAGGCGGCGAGAAGACCACCUACGAGAUCGUGAAGCAGCCAAUCGUGUCUGAUUUCUUCCUCAAUCAACACACUUGAAUCGCCAAAUCCCUUGAGGUAGACUCGCAACUGGAGUCUCUCAAUCGACACAUUUGAACCACCAAAUCCCUUGAGGUGGACUCGCGACAGGAGUCUUCCAAAGCAUCGUGAUCCCUCUCUCAAUUGACACAUUUGAAUCGCCAAAGUCCUUGUAGCUCCUUGCGCCCUACAAAUAGCCCUUGCUCUUGACUCUAAAUCCAUACUUACGUAUGUGAGGGUCAUAGAACUCGUCGACUCGAGUUUGCAUCGCAUUAUUUCCAAUGCGUACUUAUGACUUGCAGUAUAGGCCUAUUCACGAUUUAAUUCUACAUAAGAGUACUUCUGUUCAAAUUUGACUCAGGUGCACUGGACAUCAAUCUUUUUUCGACAUCAGCAUAUGAGUUAUCUCUCUCCAUGGAUUGACUAUAUUGUAUCAUGAGUUCUCCAAUAGCAAAUUUAUUGUAUGCAAUAAGAAAUCAUAAUUGUUCAUUAUUUUGUAUUCAAUUCUUCUCAGGAAUAGUUGAGGUGUUUGAUAGUCCUAGAUUCUCAGCCUGAGUCUUCUUGAAUCGUCUUCUGCCUUUUAUUUAUUUUUCAGUAAUUGAAACCUGAUUCAAGUAUAAAAUUAUUCAUAUUGUUUUCCGAUACUCUGCAGGUCUAUUUUACUAUUUUGGUUGAAAUCAUCCACAUUUUUGUUUUCUGUAGAGAUUAGAAUGCAAUUUCAGACUGCCCAACUUUGCAUUGCUUGGAUCUUUCCUCAUUAUCUAUUCUGAUACAUACCGUAUAACGUUAAAUUCAAAAUUAUUGCGCUAUUCGUGAUGUUUUAUAAGAUUCAACUUUUUAUAAUCCAUUCAUUAAUUUCAAUAAUCAUGCAACUAUGUGAUUUAUUCUAUUAAAAUUAAUAUUUCUAAAGUGAAUUUUCAAAUCAUCAUGCUACAUCACUUGAGACUAUUUAUUUGCUCAAUUAGGUUACGUUUUUAAUACGAUUAUUUCUUUUUACAAUUUUGGUUUGUCAGUGAAUUUUAUAGGCAGGAUAGAUGGAUAUCAAAUCCUGAAAAUUUCAGAUGAAGGUACCUUUUGUAACUUCAUCAGAAUUAGCAGGAUGAUUAUAUACAUCUGUAAUAUUAUUACAAUAAUAUUAAUAAUCAAUUACAAUGUAAUAAUUAAUUACAUCUGUAUUAUUAUAGUCACAGGAUGAUGAACAAACACUAAACUCCUUUUUAUAACUUUUAGCUGUUGUCACUGGUUAAAAAACUGUGGAUGAACAAUUACAGACAAUUCUCAUAGAUAUUUUUCAAGUAAUUUUGGUUCUGAAAUACUCAGAUUUGAUAAGAAUAGAAUUCACAGUCAGGACGAUUUUGAGCUACCGGGCCAAACUAGAAGAGUUCCUGUUAUUUAUAUUUUUGUGAUUCAAAUUGGACACUUCCAACCAAAGCUAAUUAUUUAUUUAUAUUGUAAUAUUCUAUUUAUAUUAUUAUUUAUUCCAAUUAAGUUAUUUAUUCAAGUUUCAUUGUUGUCUGUUCUUGUUUGAAUUUGUGUGUUCAUAAAAAUAUUGUUUCAUA